AAUCACUCGUGGACGACGAAAUCUGUUUUGUUGUUGGUGAGCAAGAACUGUGGUGGAGACCUCCAUAAUGUUCCUGGCCACUUUGCAGAAGUGUUUCCUGCUGCUUUUGCUGAUCCAAGUCAUAGUGACGAAUUUUGCUCAGCACACCAAAGCCAAUGUGAUCAAAGAAUGUGUGAAUAAUACCACCUGUAUUGAAACCUACGCAGAUGUCUACAGUGCCUUGGCAUCGCCGAAGAACUACUUCAACAUUGCUCUAGCUCUGUACCCUGCAAGGAAGCCUUCAUCUGUUCUUGUUCAUGUCAAUUUGCAUACAUUCAACCAAACGGGAAAAUCCUCACCAGUUCCGUACACAUGGAGCAUGUCAUGUCUAUACGCCGCCUUGCCUGCCAGGGUUCUUGAGUUAUUGUCUCUUGGUUCGAUCCUAGUCACAUCUCGAAAGCGAGAAUUAAAUAUCACAAUUGCACCGUUCUGUUGUAACGUCUCUGAAGAUGACCGCUUUAUGAUGAUCGACAGAGUUCUGGCUGAGCUUCAAGAUCUGGCCGUGAGACCAGCAAUACAAGAUCCAACGCUGAACACAGCUGAGUGUGUCAUAGAGGGCCACAAGACAAACAUAUCUGCUAUACCUGCAGAGCACAGGGCUUACAUCAGGGCAAUGUUGUGGUGUUCGUUUGUUUUUACAAUACUUUUUGGCCCAACGUUGGCCACAAUAACUUUCGCUCUUUUUCACACUGAAAAUAAUAAUGAUAACAAUGAUAAAACAAAAAACAAAAGAAAAGACGAUUCGACUGAGGACAAACGUCCAGAAAACAAAAGCAAGAGACAAAUGUUAGCUAAGGCUGUUAAAGUUGUCUCGUGCGUUUUAUCAAUCGGGAAGAGUACACUUCUAUUUACGACCAUUGGUUUUUUAAAAUCUGGUAACACUCUGUGCGAUCUGUAUGUAAUCCUACCAUUGAUAUUUCUGGAGGUUUUAGUGCUAGUACCAGCUAGCAUUUUUGCAGGAAAAAAAUAUCAGUUCUUUCCAGGAAAUACCUCAAUAGAAUUAGUGGCAAAAGUUGGUAUCUUUCUGUGGACAAACCUGACUAUAUAUUAUUUUUGCUGGCUUGUAAUCGGAAUCAUGAUUAACCCAUUAUGGGGUAUUACUGUUCUACUAGUUAUUUCCAUUGUUAUUGUUGUCACGGUUUUUCUUGUCUUCAUCGUACUUCACUCCGAUUUCGAUCCUAUGAAUUCAGUUCUUUGUAUAUUUGGUUGGUUUUCCACAGUUUUACUUGUUACUCUACUGAUAUUAGCUGGACAGUCCUUUUUCAUAAGGGAAACUGCAAAUGAAGUAGUUAAGGCGGCCCUUUUAUACUUUACUACUGCAUUAAUAGCCUGGAUAAUCUCUAAGGUUAUAGGAGAGAAAUCAGAGAAAUCCAAAAAAACCGAUGGAGAGGAAACGGUAAUUAAUGUACCGCCAGUACCGCCGUCAACAUCUUCUGAUGAAAAUAAACAAGAGUUGGAAGAACUUGAACUCUUGCCCAAGGCUCGGGGUUACAGUAGAUAAACAUUUGCGUUCUUCUCAACUUCCUCUCGCGUUUGCCUGAUGAUAAUACGAGCACUAGUUUAGCUCUUAACAACACCAUAUCAAUGGUCAUGUUUGGCGGGUUCUUUUAAUGGCCUUGGUCUGCUAGAUCUCCCACGAAAGAUCCUGUACGUUUAGUUUUCUUGUUCUUUAAGCUUUAGCUUCUAUUUUCAACUUUGUAGUUCGCUUCAGGAAGUCGCGUGUAAGUGUUUGGGUUAGUAUUCUAAAAAGAUGUUGAAUCCUCCAAGGUCAGUCAUUACGUGUGGCCCACACAUCAGGGGCGGAUCUAGGGAGAGGGUACAGGGGGUGUGCACCCCUGAAAUGAAGCCUUCGUAUUCGCAUUUAAAAUUUGUUUACCUCACCAGUCAGUUACGCCGUUCUAUAGUGGUGCACCCCUCCUUAGAAAAAUCCUGGAUCCGCCCCUGCACAUAGCUACCCAUAUGCCAGUCCACUUGAGUAGUGGUGGAAGUAGAAGCAGUAGAAGUUAGACGAAGAUUGUACCAGACAGUAGUCCGAGAAAUAAAGGACAAAACAUCAGA